AUGGCUCCAUCUGAGGAAUAUAUCCUCAACAAUUUCCUCACUUCCCCAUCGCCACUGCCUAGGAUUAUAUCCCUUGAAAGAUUUGCGGAGCUAUUUCCCAGAAAAUUACGGUCUCAUCCGCAGAUUAGGACCCUCUAUCGUGAGCUGCAGCAUAUCCGGGCUCAGGACAUUGCUUUGGUCAAAGAAAAUAUCGAGAGGGAGGUCAAAACUGGAGAGAAACAAAAGGAAGAGCUCCGGCAAGCCUCUGCUAAUAAAGGAGUCUCGAGCUUGAGUGCACGGGAUAAAAUGGAGAUAGAUAUGGACAUCCAAUUAUUCGGUCAGCCUUCUGCCAAGCAACAGGAAGGUGUUUUCACUCUUGAGACCGUGCUCCCAGAGAUGCAACGUGCUAUAGCUGCGAUGGAAGAAGAGAUUGAGACUACUCGACAAGAAUACUCUACCAUUUUAUCGGAGGUUACUACUAUAGUCGGGGAGCUUAGCGAUUUACGAUACGGCAAAUUCAGUACAUUUCCAGGCUCAAAUGACACGGUGGCUGACGAAGUGUUGAAAGGAUUGAGCAAUCUUGAAGACAUAUGCAACUCCUCUAUUAAAUGA